ACUGCUUCAGUCUUUCUCUAGAAGUGCGAAUGAAAAGUCUUUUUUCCAAUUAGAUCCCGUGUCGUUCGAUUGUUUCAAAUUUGCGUUGGCUCCGAUCGGUAUCAAAUCUGGCUCAAUCGCUUGUUCGUGCGAUUUGCAUCCCGACGGUUCCAGUUAGAGCGCCGUAGGUGCCCGGGAAGGCUUUGAAAUCUUUGGUGGAAAGUGCGACUUGGUCGACUUUCCUUCUGCUUGAACUGGCCCGAGUACAAGUCAGCCAUUGUUUGAAGUGGGCUCAGUUUUUUUUUCCUUUUCGUCUGCCUUCCACACAUUUUCUGUUACCACCAGUGAAGAAUCCUAUAGUAGUGCAAUGGUGUUAGUGCAUCUACACAGCUCGAUAAAUAGCGGAGCAUAAAAGUGUGCAGCCAGUUUGAAGCUACCCAUCGAGAGACCCCUUGAUCAAUACACUAAAGUAAAUGAGUUUACAAAUCUGCUGAAAGUGGUACAAGUGAGAGGAGCAUGCAGUUUUGAAAAUUAGCAAGUAAAACAUUUAAAUACCGCACAGUGAAUACGUAACCGCCUGAAAAAGUGUGAGUAUUUUGCCUGAUCGGUCGGCUGAUCUGCCCAGCAAGUGUUGCCAAGUCUGCUUUGUGAAGUUCGGUUGAUAAGCACAAGUGAAUUGUUUUUAUUCGGAAGCAAUCUAUUGCACGGCGCGAAGGAAGAAUGAUGCUGGUAUAAUGUGUUGCUAUGUUGUUAAUAGCCUUCAAUGAAACGUCGUUUUAUUUAUAUUAUGUUAUCUUUGAGUUAAAAUGGCUUGUUAGCAGUCAAAGUGAAGUGUUGUUGUUUGAUAAUUGGUGGAAUGAUAAGAGCUGGUUCGAGAGCGACAGUGUUUGGUGAAGAUCAAUCAAGAGACUGAAAACCUUGAAUAUCCACUUAAAUACAUUACAUUCUCAAUGAAGAGCAGCAACAAAGGAACUACUCUGUGUUUCUAAAGAAAGUGCAGCAGCUAACCAUACUUCCGUGUUACGAAGAAUCGUCAGCCGUGACUAACAAACUGUGCGUGAAGAACGUCGCCGCCGCUAGCCGUCGCAGCCUCCGCCGUUGCCAAACGACAGAUCCGACGGGACAUUUCCUUUUCAAGUGCUUAGAGAAAAUCGUUAAAGUGGCUCCGCAGGCCGAACAACCGUUAGUCAGUGCAGCAAGGUUUCACUUUCCGCCGGUGGUAAUCAUAGACAAACUGAAUCCGCCUGACAUUGUACAAACUUCCUGCCGGAGUCUGGUUCUCGUUUCGCCACAAGGGUAUGGUAUAUUUUUUGGGACAUUGGGGCAUGGGAGAUAUUGAACGCACUACAACUCAGCAUGUCUCCAAUAGUGUGCUACAGAAACAGAAUGAUUUCCUGUUCAACGUCGGUAGCCAUCAAUUGCAGCGAAAUGCAGACUACGCGCCAGUUGCAGCAGUCGAUCACCUGCAGCACCAACAGCAACAACAGCAGCAGCAUCAUCCUCUCCAACUGCCUCCCCAGCAGCAGUUGUUGCAACGCGGAAACGAAUCGUCGGCGCUGAUCGGCACCAACUUCGGAUUAACGAAAAGCGCCAACGAACUCUCGCCGUUUCAGAAAGAUACGCAGCACAACAACCGCCACUACGUGAGCACCCCGACGACGACAUCGACCAGUGUCGCUAGCAAUAAUUGUCACGUGCACAACCGUCAUAACACUAAUCUCUGUAAUAGUGGUGCUGUCAGUCCGUGUUGCUCGCAGGAACUGCAUCUGACGUUUCAUCCGAAUCAUCCUAAUCAUCAUCAUCAUUGUCAUCAUCGCCAGAAGCAGCAACAACAGCAGCACGACACAGAAAGUGAUGAAGAUGAGAUUGCGUUAUACCCUCUCAAUAAUCAGGUCGGUGGCCACACGCGUUUGUUACUGUUGAACCAGAGCACCGUUAUCAAACCGUUGAAUCUGCGUGAACUAGAGUUCUACCAAAACAUUCCUAGUGAUAUCCAACAGUUCGUUCCAAAGUAUCGAGGUGUCAUGCAGGCCGCAACCAUGGGUGGCACCAAGUUGGAAAAACGUUACUCGCCCAGCUUCCGGGAUGACCCCGGUCGCAAACCCGCCGCCUCGAAGCGCAAGCGCGAGGAAGUACUUCGGAUGAAAAUACAUAAGAAUGGGAUACCUUCAGAGGUGUUAAAAAGUAUUUCACAGAUAGACAACUCCAAUAAACAAUAUUUCCUCAUGCUGGAAAACAUCACAUCGGCUUACCGCCAACCUUGCAUCCUAGAUCUGAAGAUGGGUACCCGCCAGCAUGGAGAUGAUGCCUCGGCGGAGAAACGCAGCAAACAGAUGGCAAAAUGUGCCGCAAGCACAUCCGCGUCUCUUGGCGUUCGCCUCUGCGGGAUGCAAGUCUACCAAGCCGAUAUUGAUCACUAUAUGAAGAAGGAUAAGUACUGGGGCCGGGAGCUCAAUGAGGACGGGUUCAAAGGUGCCCUGCACAACUUUUUCCACAAUGGGCUAAAGCUACGCGUGAAAAUUAUCACCAAAGUACUGGACAAACUGGAGCAGCUGCGAAGAGUAAUCGAAAAGCAAUCCAGUUAUCGGUUCUAUUCCUGUUCUCUACUCAUCGUAUACGAAGGGUUCGAAGAACCUCCAGUAACACCUGUCUCCACCAGUCAACGUCCGUCGAUUGGCGAUUAUCACUUGCUUGAAACGGAAUCCAACUCAUACUGCUACGAUGCAGAUGCGUCCAACAGUUCAAUUGAACAGUGCAAUCUGUCCUCAUCGCAUGAAGAUAUGAUUACAAGCUCUGCGCAUCAUCGUCUGAAUGCAUCAAUGGCGACCGUUGCUACGGCAGCCGCCGCAAGUUCAUCUGCAGCAGCAAGUUUGCCAUCCGGCACAAACGCGAAUGCCAUCAGUGCGGAAAAGAUUCCCUUUGUCCCGAUCUCCGAGGAAACAGUGUACCCGGGCGUCAUCUGCGACUCACCGUUAGUGACGGCGGCUGCACAGAAUGUCAGCUCUAGUCCGCACUCGAUGGACUCUUGGAUGAACUAUAGUAGCAAUAGCAGCAGUGACGACUACGCAUCGGCAUUUGUGGUACCGACUCAUGUACAAAAAGCAGGUGUCGACACCAGCCCAGAUUAUGGUGGAGGUUUUAGUGGGCGUGUUGUUCCACCCGAUGUCCGAAAGAUGGAUAGCGUGGAAGCAAUGGAAGCGGAACGGGAGAAAACUUCAGAGACGGUAUCCUCAAUAACGACGAUGACGACUGAGUUGACAACGGCGCCUGCAAUGCCCACGACUAAGCAUUGUUACGGUAGCAGCAGUAUUAGUAUUAGUAAUACCAACAAUAAUAGUAACAGUAGCAGCUGUGGCAAAGUCCACGAUCAGUCCGAUGCUGGGUACCAUGAAGAGGUGGAUGAUCUCGAUGAUGAGGAAGACGAAGGUGCUGUUGACGACGACGAUGAGGAACAGCUGCUGCAUGAAUCGACCGUCAGUUCGAAGCGGCUGCGCGGUAAGGACAAACCGGGCAGUCGGGCAGCUAAUGUCCAGCAGAGUCUUCGGAGACGGCUCAGUUCCAAAUCGAAGUCCGCCUCUAUAGGGAGCGGAAGCACAGGUAGCUGCGCCCUUGGUAUGGCCGAUGUACGAAUGAUUGAUUUCGCGCACACGACGUUCGAAAUCAAAAAUGGAGCCUCGAUAUGUAGCCCCAGCACCAAGGUGCAUCACGGUCCAGACAGCGGUUUCCUGCGGGGACUAGAUAGCCUAAAGCGGAUUCUCAACGAAAUUUGCUCCGAGCACUGAGAAAAGCAACGCCGCUACAUUUCCUGACGAUGGUGGUGGUGGUGUGAUGUGGUGAUAUGGCAUGGUACGUUUCUGCUGGUGAAGUGGAGAAGCAUGAUCCGCCACUGCUCAGCUUAGUUGUAUCGCGUAAAAGUGUUUGUCGAUACCAGGGAAACACGUUUUUUUCUUGUGAAAUAUUGUGAUACUGAAGCAUUUUUCAUCCAAGUACAUAUAUAAAGUAUAUAUUUAAUAUGAGAAGAGUAUAGAAAUCUACGGAAGCGAAAGCGUUACUUUUAGAAGAAAAUUCCUUACAAAAAUAGUUUACAUCUGUCCAAGUCAUCGUGAACGAUUUUUCGCUAAUUUUCGUUUCAUCGAGGCAAGAAGGAUUAGCGCAGCAAGGAAGUGACGUUUAAUUCAAAUAAAAACACACAGUAAAUUCUGCUUGGGUGAGUUUGCCUGAAGUGAGCUUUAGCUCUGUCUUUACGUUAAAUUUGCUUGAAAGUAAGUAUUGUGAUUGAGAUAACAAUCAAAGCUUUUUCUCCACUGAUAACUGUCGACUUUCAACCGAAUUUGUUUUGUGUAAAAACUAAGCGCUGAAAAGUUUAAUUUCCUUCAAUUGUAUAGUUUGCUCAAUUACCCUGAUUGACGGCAAUAAAAUUGUGACAAUUGAAACAUAAAACGAACGACCAUGCGCUUGCAGCUGUUUCAGUUCCAUGGAGCCGCAUGGUUUUUGAAAAAUCUAAACAACAAUAUUAGAAUAAAAAAAGAAACAUGAAUGAAGGUUAACCAUGACCUGAAUAGAGCAACCACGAAAAAGAAUGAUACAACGUAUACGUCAAAUGUAUUGUGAAUAUUUUCUCCAAUACAUUGAAGAUUGAAUUUGGAGUUAAUAACUUGUGUGGCAACAUCGUUGGCACCAGUCCCUAAGAAAUUGUGGUAAUUUCUUUAACAAUCAGUAAAAAAGGCAAAGGUAAGCAAGCUUCCUGUUUCUAAAAAGUAAUGUUCUGGUUUUGGUUAGAAUGCGUACUUAUGAACCGAAGAUAAAUAACAGCAUACACGUCAAAUGUCUUUCAUUUUCUUUGCUAUUUUUGCUUUUGAAUUUUAAAAGUUACCAACAUAUUUUUAACAAAUGUUUGGUCACCGGCAGCCCUCGGUUAAGGUGUCAUACUCGUGUGUCAUUAAAUUACUAACAAAAUGGCACACGAUAAAAUAGAAUUGGAAACAAACAUUUUAGCUAAAGCCCACUUUACGCAAACUCACCUACAGAAGAACGAUGCUAUAAGUAAUUUACGCCCAAUUUCCCCUCCGAUGGUGCUUGCGUUCAUUUUUAGGUACAUAGUUGUUGCAAAGUUUUCGUUAUGGCGAUUAGUUUUUUAGACGAAUAAUCUUGUUCCGGUAUUGCCACAACCGUUCUAGAUCUGUAGUAAGCGUUCUACCGACGUUAUGUUAGACGCGUUCAUAAAUUAUGUAUAUUUACCUUUAGAUUUUUAGUGAGCUGACGACAGCUAGGCAGUGUAAUUGCCAUCGCAUAGGAAUCGUCUAGUUUUUGCAAACAAUUUCGGAAACACCUCAUACCGUAAGUUACAGAGUUGAAUCCUAGAUUAUUCGGCAUACAUUGUUGCUAGACGGAAGGAAAAUGAAUCCCUCAUUAGAUUAUGCCUACAUAACCGAUAGCAAUAAGCAACACAAAUCAGUUAUCAGUAUUACAAUGAUUUGACUGCACAGUUUCGUUUUCGGAGUUUGUCAUCCAAACGAUUAUUUUAAUGUCCAUUUGAAAAUGUGUGAUGAACAUUUGGCCAAACAAAAUGAUGCGAAAUUAGCUACAGUUUCGAAGAAAAAAGUGUUUUUGAAAACGAAAUUUGUAUAUUCAAUCGCACUAUCUUACUCUCUACUAGUUCCGUUAAAUUCGUUCGUUGUGUUGUGACCAUUUUCGUUUCGUUCAACUUGAAUAGCGCUGAGAGGUAUCAUAACUACUAAUACAGUGAAAUCAAAGACCUGAACUUACCUUACUAACAGUUAGUGAACUUUUAAGCAAACCACACAACAAACAUCGAUUGUUGCAGAAUCACACCCCCAUAAAGUAAACAAAAACUCAUUAAUAUCGUUAUCUCGAUUUAUAUAACUGUAAAAUCUGAGAGUAGAAAUGCCAACAAAUAAAAGAAAAACCAAAAAAAGUCAUCUAUGUACUCAAGUCUACUAAUCCUAUAUAAGAACCAUAGGAAAUCAUAUGGUAAUCCAGAAAUAAUAAACAGCAAAUCAAACACAGAAUAAACCUUGCUGUAGAUAGCGAUAUUUAUUGAAGAAGAUUGUAAAGAAAAAUUGUGUACAUUUUCUAGCAAAACAAACAGUUGUAUCAUAAGAUAGCACGCACCCAUGCGGGAAGAUGUAUUCCGUUCCCAAGUGGUGGCACCUGUUGCCAGGUAAAAUCCACAAAGCUACUUACUAAUACACAUCUGCUAGCCAUCCUUUUUCCUCGCCUUUCGUUUCCGCAUAGGAAGCGUGAGUUCUUUCCUUUUAUUAACUUCUAGUUACGUAGGAAACUGAUGUAUAAUUUAGAGCAAAGAAAAGCCUGUCUUCGAAAACAGAACAGAAAAAAACUGAGCAAAUCCGGGAUAUUAUUCUCGGUAGGCCAAAACUUGCACAUUUGAAAACAAAAAAAAAACAAACAAAAUUGUUGGAAACCUGCUCGAUAACGAUUAGGUACGGCGUUCAAACAUUAGAUGCCCGUUUCAUACUUUGGCAGUGUUUUGCAAACAAAUUACUGGUAGACGAUAAUUGGAGUCGAUAUAUAUCGAAAAAAUUGACAAAACAGAAAAAUUGAAUACCUACAUAUAUAUAUUUAUUUGUGAUCGGACUAAAAACACAAAGCAGGGGUGUGAAUAAAACUAGAAUUUUGAAGUAUUGGAAA